AUGUCCUUCCAGGCUAACUCGGAGAAUAUGCUCAGAUACUCGCAACACGAUGGUCUAUUAACGGAACAAGAUCAAAAAAUUAUGACCGAUUUUCUUGAUACAAUCGCAACUGAAGGUCCUCCGAACCAUAUGAUGGAUAUCACACACCAUGGUCAAACGAGCAUUUCAUUUCACGACCCUCAGACUUCAAUGCAGUUGUCUAGAGGGUUUCAAACAGGGUUUGGUUCUAACUUUGAUCCUAAUUCUGGUUAUGCCGGAGCUGGCGGUUAUAUAUAUCAACCCAUUGGCUCUGCCUCCAUUACUAUACCGGCAAAUAAUGGAUACUCUCAGACAGCUAAUUUUCAUCAAACAGCUUCUCAUGUUCAUGAUAAUUAUGUUCAACAACAACAACAAUAUCCUUUAAAUCAUCAGAUACCGGCAUUAAAUAAUGGAUUAAUUCACGGUGGAAAAGUCAAAUCCAUCGCGAAUAACCAUUCCUCUGCAUUGUACAUAAAAUCUGAACCAAUGACGGUUAACAAUAGGAGGCAAAGAUCACCAUCACCGCAUAGAUCAAAUUCAGUGGGAAAACCAGCAAUAAAACGUACGCCCUCUCGGCGAAAAUCUCUUAAAAAUUCGAAUGAUGCUAAUGCAUCAUUAAAUGAAUCCAAGUCAGAUGAAGGAAAUAACUCAACGAUAUCCACAUUAAUUCCUACCGUCUCUUCAUCUGGAUUAAAUGCUGGAUCUUCUUCCACAACGGAAGCAACGCCAGCAUCACCAAAAUUAGCAUCUACAUCAGAAUCGAAUAACUCUCAACCUCUAUCGCCAGCACAGAAUCGUGGAGGAAGAGGAAAAAAAGGUCAUCACGAACUAUUAACUGAAGCAGAAAAAAAAGCAAAUCAUAUCGCAUCUGAACAGAAAAGACGACAGAACAUUCGUUUAGGUUUCGAUCAAUUGGUCGAAAUUGUACCUACACUUAGUCAAUGUCAUCGAAGCGAGGCGUUAAUUCUUCAAAAAUCUGUGGAAUAUAUUCAACAACUUUUAAUGCAAAAAAAUGAGUUGAAGGGUCGUGUCAAGACGUUGCAGGCAACACUAGGCGAUGCACCCGAUCAUAUGGAUGAUUCAUCAUCUGACGGAGAACUUGACCUUAUCUUCUGA